AGCCUUGGCUGCCCAGAGAUGUGGCAAAUGUAGUGAAUUUGAUGCAACCCCGGUUUUGCAGACAGCGCCAAUGACAGGACACGAUGCGCCGCUCAAAAUCCUUGAGCUUAAGCCAGAGUCUUCGGAAGUGGAAAUCCUCACGGACAAUCUUGCGCAAAUCUGCACGAACCUCGAAGACUGCGGCGCCGGCUUUGUGUCCAUCAUCGCGGUGAUGGGCACGUACAGGACUGGCAAGAGCUUUCUGCUGGACCUGCUGGCCCGCUACUUGACCGAGAAAUCGGCUCAGGUUGCAGAGGCGGAGCGGGAGAGGGAGAGGCAGGAGGCUGCCCUCGAGCCGGGCGCGAGAGUGCCGCCCAAGCCCGUCAGCAGUGCCUCGAGACCCGAGAAGUCUCCAAGUUGGCGACUGGGCGAGGAAGAUCGGAAGAAGAGGGCGCCGCCGGAAUGGGUGCUGCGAGGCAACCGGGAACGAAUUCAUGAGGGCUCCAAGAACGACGAGAAGGGUUCUGGCUUCGAUGGACGGAAGAUUGCGGUGCUUCUGAUGGACACGCAGGGUGCCUGGGAUGACACCAUGACCAAGGCACAAAGUGCCACGAUCUUCGGGCUCACGGCCCUGCUCUCUUCGAAACUGAUUUACAACAUCCAGAACCGAGUCGAGGAGGACAAGUUGGAAAACAUGGACUACAUCACCACCUUCGCGCAGACCGUCUGCAGCGACCUGCCUGGCAAAGAUGCGCCGUUUGGGCAUUUGGAGCUUCUGGUGAGAGAUUGGGCAAAUUACGAGGACGGCUUCAACGUCCAGCAGUGCCAGGAGCAGAUGGAGGAGCACCUGGACGACCAUCUCAGCCCCACCAAGGUGCCGGAGGAUGCGAAGCCCCGGGUGGAGCGCCUUCGGAGCACCUUCAAAAGCAUCGGCGCCUGGGGUUUGCCCCACCCUGGGCUGAAGGUGACGAAGCCCACCUAUAUGGGGGAGAUCGAAGCCAUCGACACGGAUUUCUUGUUCCUGCUGGACCACUUCUGCGAUGUCUUCUUUGGCGGCGAGAAGUUCCCGGUCCCCUCUGCUCCGCUGGGGUGCGAAAUCACCACUGGCGGGUUCCAGCAGAUUGUCAUGAACUUUGCGAAGGCCUUCAAGCAGAAUGCGCAGGAGAUGGCCAUUGGCCUUCGGGAGGCUUUCGUGAAGGUCGAGACGGUCUCGGUGAAGGAGGAUCUCAACCGACGUUUCAGGAACAGCCUGCAGCAGCUGGCGCCGGCCAGCGCCGUGCUGGAGCCGCAGCUCCUGCAAGAGAAAUCGGAUCAACUGCUCUACAAGAUCAUGGAAGAGUUUUCUAUGAAGCUGAGACCUUGGCGGAUGCCGCAGUCCGAAGAAGAGCAGGUGAUCGGCGACUUUCGGCAGCAUCUGAAACAGGCGAUCGACCAGAGAAUCUUGAUCAACAACCAGCAGGUCCUGCCGCCCUGUCACAGAAAGGAGCGCCUCUUGGACGUUUUGGAGGCUAUGGAGCUGGGCGCGGCAGGCUAUGCCGCGGCAGGGGCCGCCACCGCCGGCUCCGUGGGGAUGGGCCUCUUUGGCUACAACCGCGGGAACUACAUGAUGGACCAGAAGCUGCACUGGUCGCGCUUCAACGCCGGCUUCGCGAUGGCCUGCGCGCAGACGGAUCAGUACAAGGAGGACUUGGUGGACUUGACGACUUUGACCACCAACCGCAUGCACGUCUACGCGGACAUCGCCGGCAUGACCGCCACCAUCCUCACCGCGAUUUUCUGCCCCGGCCGCGUGGGCUUGCACACACCCCCACCUCCAGGCUGGUUCAUGGGCCUCAUGAUGGUCAACGUGGGAGGGGCGUACAUCUGGCUGGGCCUCACCAUGUGGCUGGCGAUGCACGCUUGCCUCAGGGCCAAUGCCGCCACCACCCACAUGCUCACCCGCUUCGUGCGGCUGCCCAUCCCCGGGAACUGGAUGCUGGACCGGGCGCGGAAGUUCCUGGGCAGCUGGGAGGAGCAGCCGCUGCGGGAGGUGCUGCGCAUCCCCUGGACCCGGCAUCAGUACCGGGACGACGGCGCCACCUUCCAGGAGGGCUCCGAGAACAUGGAGAUCAACGCCGAGGCCCUCCGCCGCACGCGCCAUGGAGCAGACGUGCCGGCCUGGUACCGGAAGGAGCAGUCCAUCGACAAGGGCGAGGCCUUUGAGAGCAUGAUGCCCUUGGCGGCCCAGGGCUCCGCCCCCGAGCACUUCGAGGUGUACCGGGAGAUCCAGAACGAGUGGUGGCCCUAUGACGUCUACGCCAGGAUCAGCAUCUUCCUGGCCUUCAUGCACCUCCUGCACUGCUGGACCUACCAACACAUGGGCCACCUUUUCUGCGAGAACCGGGCCGUCUUCGUGGUGGGCCUGGUGUGCAUCCCCACCUGCGUGCUCCAGAACAUCCUGCUGACGCUGGACAUCAUGCCGGGGAUGAUCUCGUUCUCCUUUCAGCGGCUGGGCCCCCUGGCACAGCUUGUGGCCUGGGUGGCCCUGGCCAUCGAGUACCAGCCCUACUACGACCCCGGCACCGCCUUCAUCGGCUACGUGCUCGUCUACAUCACCUACGCCUUCCACAUUAUCUACACGCUGCAGCUGCUGCGGAUCUGCGCCCCCGACUUCUCGGCGCCGGACCAGGCGGAGGUGCCGGCGGGCACCUGGUGGCCCGGGCAGUGGCGGCUCCCCAAGGCCUUCAAGCACACCAUCUGGCUGGUGGCGCCCCCUCGUCACCUGGAGCCCGGGCAGACGGACCUGGUGGGCGAGAUGCGCCGGGCCUCGGAGGGAGGGACCCCCGGCUUGGGCCAGGCGGGGCGGCUGACCUACGACGCCGCGGAGGCCAAGCGCCGGGACGUGCACCGGGCCUUGGGGAAGCAGGGGGAGUCCCCCGCGUGGUUCAACGUGCGCACGGGCCUGCUGGGCCUCCUGAUCGCCUGGAUCUACCUGGUCAUCGGCUUCACCAUCGAGAUCGCCAACGCCCACACCACGCACCCCUCUGUGCUGAACGCCUUUGGCCUCCCCAACAACCUCCGGGAUCCCCGCUACCGCCCGCCCAAGGUGGGCUACCACGAGCCCACGGAGGUGGGCACCGGCGGCUCGGUGCACGGCCCGGCGGUGGGCAUCGCCCACCACGCGCGGCGCCUGCAGGUGGAGGGCCUCCUCCAGGAGGGCCUGGACAUGGCUGCGUUGCCUCGUGACGAGCUGGCGGCCAAGAUCCGGCGCGUGUUGCCCUUCUUGUCGGAGCUGUCCGAGAACAAGCGCUUCCCCUUACCUAUGUCCGCCUCCAUGAUCGACGCGCAUGCGGCGGUGGUGGAGCCAGCGCCCACCGAGAUUCAGUGGCCGAAGCUCUUCGAGCCCCGGCUGCUGUGCAGCCACGCUCAGCGGAUCCUCGCGCUGUCCCACCACGGCCGUGGCGCGCUGAUCACCCCCGGGUCCUCGGUGGCGUCGCCUGUGGCGCUGCUGGGCGUCCACGGCCCGCUGCGGGCGGCCCAUUGGGACGCCAAAGGCCUGCUGCUGUUGGCCUCCUCGGGCGUGACCUUCGAGUGCGAGACGCCGGCGGCGGAUGCCUGGAGCUGCCGCGACACCCGGCUCCCGGCGUUGCCGCUGGGCGGCAGCCGCGGGGCCGUGGCUUUGUCCCGGGGCCUCCACGGCGGCUUCCGGGCCGCGGUGGCGGAUGAGGACGCCCAGGUGGCGAUCUUCGGGCACAGCGGCCAGGCGGAGGACGGGUGGCUGAUCUCCGGGGAGGUGCGCAGCAAGGCGGCGGCGGUGUCUGCCGCCUUCCACCCCAAUGGCUUGGAGCUGCUGCUCACCUCCCAGGACGGCGCCACAGCCCGUCUCCACCUGGGCACCGGGCGCUUUGCCCCGGCCGCCGGGCCGCUGAGCGGCUGCCGCGCCGCCUGCGCCCAUGAGGCCCACGAGGGCCACGAGGCCGGCGUGGCGCGCCUGGCCACGGGGGAGAUGGGCCCCGUGCUGGUGCUGGCCUGA